GGUAUGGUCAGAGGGUGGUGCUCUUGCGGUCAAUAGAAAUGGCCUUGGUCCUUCCUGGCCGCCGAGGCUCAUUCCUGCGUCUGCCUUCCCAACAGAAACUGCUGCUGCUUCAAGUGGCCAGUGGGCAGAAGAAGAUCCGGAGUAUGCAUCCCGCUCUGGCAGAUGAACCGGACUCCCCCUUCAACUUCAUCCUACCCAAGCCCAAGCCCCACAAGGGAACUCCCGCAAGGUCUACAUUUGCGAUGCCAGAGGAAGACUCAACAUCCGAUUCGGAGGAUUUGGGAGGAGACACUGAAGAUGAUGAGUGGGUCCCAGCCAAACUUGCCAAGAAGACUGCUUUGGGGUGCCGCUGCAAAGGCGGUUGCAGAAACAAGAAGUGUGGCUGCCGGAAGCAAAAAGUGACCUGUUCUGAGAACUGUCGCUGCAAGGCCGAGGAGUGCUGGAACCGAGGCAACUUUAUCUUGAAUCAAGAACUGUCAAGGAUGAGAGAAGUCUUUGAGAAGAACCAAGCGCUCUCUGAAGAGCUUGCCAAACAGAAACUGCUGCUGCUUCAAGUGGCCAGUGGGCAGAAGAAGAUCCGGAGUAUGCAUCCCGCUCUGGCAGAUGAACCGGACUCCCCCUUCAACUUCAUCCUACCCAAGCCCAAGCCCCACAAGGGAACUCCCGCAAGGUCUACAUUUGCGAUGCCAGAGGAAGACUCAACAUCCGAUUCGGAGGAUUUGGGAGGAGACACUGAAGAUGAUGAGUGGGUCCCAGCCAAACUUGCCAAGAAGACUGCUUUGGGGUGCCGCUGCAAAGGCGGUUGCAGAAACAAGAAGUGUGGCUGCCGGAAGCAAAAAGUGACCUGUUCUGAGAACUGUCGCUGCAAGGCCGAGGAGUGCUGGAACCGAGGCAACUUUAUCUUGGUGUGUGGCGAUGCUAUUGCGGCCUACCUCUUUGGGGGGGAGGAUUCACCUGUCCUGCCUGUAGGAAUAUUUGGGAUCUAUAGCAAAGACAAGUGUUGA